CCUCCAUAAUUGUUUCAUGUAUUGUUCUUUGUCUAGAUCUCUACAGCUUUUGCACUGCCUUUGUGGUUCUCGAGAUCAUCAAAGACAUCUAUAUGCAAUGCGAUUGUCGAUUCGAGACGCCGACUCGCGUUCCAUUCGACACUACCACAGCAGCAAUGGAUGAUCGAGAAUGCAACUAGAUCAAGCACACUGCCCCUUUUCCAGGAAUUUAAGAAUUCAGGUCUUAGCACCGGUGGUCCGCCACUUCUUCCAGUAACAUUUAGAUUCGAUACGGCAACUUCUCACCAUUCAGAUGACAAUCAAUUCAAACAAGCGCAUCACCUCCGUGAUAACCAUUGACAUUGACAUCUUCGCGAUUGCCGUUCUUAUCCGUGGCCUCUCGUUAUUCAUCGAUAAGUCAUUUAGACAAAUCAGUAUGGCUUCGUGCGACUCGAUCGUGUACAUCAUCAGUGCGAUGCUGUUGAUUAUCGGAUGAUCG